AACCAGAGAAUGGAGAAUGUUUCUGUCGUCUUAGAGUUUGUUCUCUCCGGAUUAGAUGAAACAACUGAAAACAAACACAUGCUUUUGUUUUUGGCCGCACUUUGUUAUUAUUUAAUCCUAUUUUGUAACAUCACUGUUAUUUUUUCCAUUGCUUCUGAUAAGGGGCUUCAUGAGCCUAUGUACAUAUUUUUGUGUAAUCUGUGUAUAAAUGCUCUGUACGGCACUGCUGCUUUCUACCCUAAAUUCAUGUACGAUUUGUUGGCCCCGUUUCAUGUGAUUUCAUAUGCUGGCUGUAUGAUUCAGAUAUUUGUUAUCUAUUCAUCUGCUCUGUGUGACUUUUCUACUUUAACAGUGAUGGCAUACGACAGGUAUGUGGCAAUAUGUAGACCUCUGCAGUAUCACUCGGAAAUGACUUAUCAGAAAGUUACAAAGUGCAUCCUUUUUUGUUGGCUUGCUCCAUUCUUUUGCAUGGGCGUUAUAGUCUUGUUAUUAUCGAGACUGACCCUCUGUGGUUCAUCCAUUGGAAAAUUGUAUUGUGAGACCUGGGCCGUGGCUAAACUGGCCUGUUCCUCUACAACAGUGAACAAUGUGGUUGGACAGAUAGUUAUUAGUAUAUAUUUUGGACAUGCAGUGUUGAUUUUCUGCUCAUAUCUAAAACUGAUUCAAACAUGCAGAAGGUCAAAAGAGGGCAGGUAUAAGUUCAUGCAGACCUGUUUGCCACACUUGCUUGCAUUGUUCAAUGUCACCAUGGCGUUGUUGUUUGAUGUGUUUUACAGUAGAUACGGUUCAUCCUCUUUACCACAAAGUCUAAGGAAUUUCCUGGCACUGGAAUUCCUAUUCGUGCCUCCCAUUUUAAACCCUAUUAUUUAUGGAUUACAACUGACCAAAAUUCGGAAGCAAGUUGUGAAACUUUACUUCAGAAAAAAUGUAAAGACAGACGCAGCCUAGGAUGCAUGUUUUAAUUGCAGUAAAAAUUAAAAAUAAAUCUCAUGGCUUAUUGGUGAGAGGAAGGUUGGAAGAGUUUAAACCAAGGAGCCAUACACCAUAAACAGUAGUGGGAUUUAUUUUCAUUCAUUACAAUACAAUUUCUAAUACAGUUAUUUUUACUUUAUCUUUACAUUACUUUAUUACCAGUUUACAUGGUAAUAAGUGCAAACAUUUUUUUACAGCCAUGAAAUUUGCAAAUUUUGUUAUAUAAACAUAAUCAAUUCCCUUUUUUAUUGAUGAAACUAA